AUCGGAUACAUUUGUUUUUCAUGAAAACCACCUUGAACUCAGUUGAACAUGUUCUUACGAUUUUCAUUAUUUGGGUUUUACAUGCUCUUGGCUCUCAAUUUUGAAAGUUUCAUGAACUUUGGGAUUUAGAUAUACUUGUGUUUUAGUGAAGAAUAUUUUCAUCCUACAAGUAAGAACGCCAUUAACUCGGGACAAUAACAGUGAAUACCAUGACUGAAAAACAUACAAUCUACUUUGCCGGAAGAAUCACUGGAGGGAGAAAGUAUGCUGAUUUGUAUCUACGAAUUGUUGAGCAGUUAAAGACAUACGGCAAGGUUUUGACGGAACAUGUGGCAAACCCAACAGUUGAAGCCGAUGAAGACAACGCGGGAUUAACUGACGUUUUUAUACAUGAUAGGGACAUGGACUGGCUAUAUGAAUGUGACGUCAUUGUUGCUGAAGUAACACAGAAGUCUUUAGGAGUGGGAUACGAGAUUGGAAGAGCGGUUGCUCUCAACAAACAUGUUAUUUGUCUGUUCCGUUCUGAUUCUGAAGAAAGGUUAUCACCGAUGGUCGCAGGAGCUGUUGGAGAAAAAUUCUUCGUAUACAACUAUAAAGAAGAUCAAUUGCCUGAAAUUUUUGCAAAGCAUUUGAAAUGAGUUUAUUCACAUCUUAAAAUUUACGAAAAAAAAGCUCUUUGAAAUUGCUGUGUAGUUUUUUUCAUAAAGUUAAAUACAGAGUUCUAAGUUUUUUUUUAAACGAAGAUGCAUGUGAAGUUGUUCAAUGUUUUUUAAAAAAUUGGAGUUUUCCUUGUGACAAAACAUAUCUCUCUUUGUUCAAUUUCGAACGUUUCGUAAUGAACAAUUUCCACUUCUCAAAAACCGCUGAGCAAAACAUGAUGUGGUAAUCUUUUAUAGUUUUAUGAACAAGUUUUGUAAAGGUUAUAAUAAUUCAUUGUUUAAUUUAAAAUUUGAUUGUU